UGUGUGUGUGUGUGUGUGUGUUAUUGGGCCUUGUGAGCAGACCACCAGGCGUCCAGACGUGGACUCCGCCUUUGAGCUUAAUACAACUGAUUGCGCUCUGAUCGGUGCUGGUAAUAGUUAAGGCUUCAAAGGCACAACCUCGGUGGCUGCCAGCACUUAUUUCCGACCCUGAGAUCACGGUCCCAGACUUUCAGAAAAUACUUAACCCUGCUCCGUGUCAGUCCUCCUCCUAGCAUGAAUUAUGACUUUAAAGAUGCUUGGUUUCUGACUGUGCAAACAUGAGGGUGGUAUAAAAGGACGCGGCGCCUCGGAAUAAAUAAAACUAUGUCAACAACAGCAGUUCUACAAUGAAAACAGUGUAGUCAGAGUUUAGAGAUGGGCAGCGUUCAGUUUUCUCAUCUCCUUCUGUCAGACCCUGAUGUUGACGCUGAUGCAUUCCUGUCAGAUUGACAGAAAGGAAAAAUGGGAACGGUUGCCAUAGUAACCUGAGCUUCUGUCGGCCGGCUCCGUACUUCUGCUUGUGCAUUUCCACGCAAACACAGAGAUGCUGUAUAUCACUUUUCAUCACAACGUUCUUUGUUUUCACACACACAGCUGAGCUGUUCCACCUUCAUGCACCUCUGUCCUGUAAUUACGCCGUGGGACCCACCUCCAGAGGCACACACACACACACACACACACACACAGGAUUCUCAACCCCAAACAAGUGUCUCAUCAGACAGACGCUCUCUGGAGCCUAACAUGCACCUAAAGUGCUGCCAUAAGAAGCGCAGAGGAGGAAAAUGACGGAAACAAGCCGGUUCUUGGUGGUAAUGCUGCAUGUGAUGGCUUCCGCUGUGGCCGAUCAGCAGAAAAGCCUCCGCAGGUCAGCGGAGGAUGCGCGGGCGCCCGCGGGGGGUCGCACGCAGCCCGGACUCUGCGGCGUUGCUCCGACCGCUUCCUGCUGCUCGGGGUGGAAGAGCGUUAACGGCGUCUGUCAACCAACAUGCGGCUCGUGCGUGAAUGGGAAGUGUGUGGGACCGGACCAGUGUCUGUGCUCCAGAGGCUACGAAGGAGCGCGGUGCGCCAACGAUGUGAACGAGUGCGGUUUGCCGGCGAGGCCGUGUUCCCAGCGCUGCAUGAACACGCACGGGAGCUACCGCUGUUACUGCGAGGCCGGAUUCGCGCUGGGCGCCGACGGACACACCUGCACCAGGGAGGCCACGUGUUUCUCCCUGCGUUGCCAGUUUGGUUGUCAGACGGCGAGGGGGGGGGCGCUCAGCUGCCUGUGCCCCCCCGGCCUCCGCCUGGCCGCUGAUAACAAGACCUGUGAAGACGUGGACGAGUGCGAGCGGGACGGCGGCGCGUGUCCGCCGCCGCGCGCCUGCAGGAACACCUUCGGCGGCUUCGCCUGCGUGUGUGGCGGCGGCUUCGUGGCGGGGACGCUCCGGGGCGCCGUGCGCUGUCGAGAUGAGGACGAGUGCCUGAGCGGGUCCCACCGGUGCAGCCGCCACGCGCGCUGCCUCAACACGGGCGGCUCCUACACCUGCCGGUGUUCGGAGGGUUACCACGGCAACGGUCGCGCCUGCCGGCCCAGGAGAGCCCCGCAGUCCAAGGCCGCCAUGUACUACAGGUACAAGCUCUCCAGAAGGACCAAGCGAAGACAUCUGUCACCUUAGAGAGGCGCGACACGCAAAAAAGAACUUCAGGCGUGGGCCGGUAGCUCGAUGCUAACAUCGUACACGCAACGAGGCCUGUGCUGUGUUUGAUGUCUUCUUCUCUGCCAUCAAACUGAGGCUGAUGAUGCAAGAGGAACACGAUUUAAAAUAUCAGGUCAUGGUUCACUGUGUCAAAUGUUCUGCUAGUAUUAGAUUUCCCUUGUUUGUGUGUAUCUUCAAAAUCAAGUUUAUUGUAAAAUCUAAGUGUGAACACAAAAUGUAAGCUUUUGUCGAUAACUGUUCAAACUGUAUUUGAAACCGGUUUGAAAAGGUGACUACUGCCUGAACUUCCUCGUUUUCAUGUUUUCCGUCAGGGUCCUUAGAUAAACAGCAGAAUUUCUCUUUCACCCAAUCAGAGCACGUGCCUCCCUGCUAUCGGCGCCGACCACAGUUUACAGCAGAGGCGAGGAGAAGCCCGUCUUAACCGGGUUGUGAUAACUGACACCUUUGUUGCGGUUACACAGCCCCGCGGUCCUUAAAUCACCCUUAAAUCGAACCCUUCAAAUAUUACAAAAACAAAAACAUUGAAUAUGCGGAACACACAAAAACCUGCAGUCGAAGCGGGAAACCUGUGGCCAUUGGACUUCUUCGUCAGCGAGGUGUGGAAGACCCAGUCGCAUGUUUGUCUGCUGAAAACCCCCUAAUUUAGCAGAUGCGACGGGAACGCGCUCUGUACUUUGUGAGCUGACGCAAACUGGGAAGUGUCCAGGAACGUCUGCCCUGUUAUUGACAGACGAACCCCCACCUGUUAAUGAUGAACCUUUAAGUGAGUUGUCCUCUUUGUGUACUUACAAAUUCCUUAAUAAAAGGCUGACCUCUGGUGGAAAGAUAA